GUCACGUUUUAUGUAUAUUAUUUACUUGUAAUAAUUAUAACGAACCUAUCAUCCAGUUUGUUUAUGUAAAUACCAAGGAAAUAAAACUAUGCAACAGAUGAUUAUUUGAUAUGGUACAGGUAUUUAAUGAUAGCACUGAUUUGCUUUUCGGUCUCAGGCUAUGUGUGAGCCAGAAACAGAAUUUGGAUUUUCAGGCUGAAAGCUAAGAUAUGUUGCCUACACAAACCAUGCAAAACAAGCAAGAAGCGGAUAAAAUAAAGUUUGAUGUCGAUCUAUGCGAAGAAGCUCUGUGUCAAACAGAAUUUCUCAAAGCGGUUGACACUAUUCAGGAUUUAAAGAAACCAACUGUAUUGAGACGUGCAGUCUACCGAUAUGAAAAAUACUGGCUUCCACUGGCCAUAAAAUACCCCAAAAGGUGCUUAUCUGCACCUCUGGAUAUCGAAUGGAUAUGGCAUUGUCAUAUGCUAUGCCCUAAAUCCUAUGAAACAGAUUGUCAAACUCUUGUUGGUGGGACUGUUGAUCACACGCUACGAAGGAUGAAUAAUUUUCAAGAAGAGCAGAAAGAGUCACAGAAACUUUGGUCGGAAAUGUAUUCAGAGGAUCAUGAACCUUUCACAGUUGAUCACAAAGCACCAUACAAUGCUAAUGCCGUUGAUAACUUUAGUUCAAAGAUAACAUACGACAUUGCUGCCGCUGCCCAACGACAGAUGGUGUUUUACUAUCAAGUUUCGUUACCACACUACCGAGAUAGAAAGUAUUUGCAGAAUUGCCUGCAGAGGUAUAAACAGUUCUUGUAUUUGAAAACACAACUGCCGAAAGCUUUCAUGGUACCAUGUUACGACAUAGAUUUGAUGUGGCACACACACCAGUUGAGUCCAUUAGUCUACAAAAAAGAUAUGGUUAAGAUCAUUGGCCACUUGUUUAAUCAUGACGAUUCUGUAAAUGAUCGUAGUGAAGCAUCGAAACUAAGUGAAGCAGACAAACAGACACGUGACAGCUGGAAAAAGUUUUACAAUGAAUCUUAUUCUCUGUUUGGAGCAAUGUAUCGUGGAACGCCGCCGGCAGGAUUUCUUUAUAAAGUAAGCCCGAACGAGUCGUACACUUUUUGUACCAAAAGCACUAUCAUAACAUUUGAAACUUUAACUUUGAAUCUUCCCUUAACGGAUCCGAAUAAGUACAAGAAACUAAAACUGAUCGUGUCGAGUGCCGCUGGACCGAAGCUUGUGCGAAAAUGGUUAUCCUUGAAACGGCCGGGUGAUGUACCAAGUGGAGCCAGAACGAUUACCUGGAAAAUUGAUAGUCGAAAUGAAAUGGACACGGCGGAAACCAACAGUAUACAUUUCCGGGUGCAAGAACGCACAUGCUGUGCGUUUUGCACUUCAAAGACAGAUGUUGGAUCUAUCAUGUUAAAUAUGCUGCCACAGAUUGAUUCGAUAGCGAAUGCAGCCAGCGGCGGAAUAAUUAAUGCUCAGAUACCUCUUGGUGGCUCUGACAUAAUUUUAGAUAUUCAGGGACAAUUUUCGGCACCGAUUCAAGGGAAGGUAUUUUUAUUCUUAGAGAGUGGAAGAUAUGAGACUGCUGUUAUACCGGAAAAUGUAAAACAACUUUGGGGUCCUGUGCCUCUUGAAAGACUUCCGACAGGGACAAAUAACAUCUGUCAGGUGGCAUCUCACAGAUUAAAAAAUCAUCUAGGGAAUGUAGAAUUCACAGCAAGGACCAUACACAGUCAGCCUUUGAUGAUGUCGGUGAUACAGGUGUACUAUCACGAUAAAAUGUCGGUUAUCGGGCAUUUGAUAGCUUCAGACCAACUACCUCUUCCAGGACAAGUUCAGCAUGAUGUUGUUACGCUAAAUCCUGUACUGGGAGAAAGAGCCGUCCUUUUGAAAAACAAUGACGGAGACUGGGGUAUUCUCACCGGAAGAUGGAAAGAUUUUAAACGAGGCGUUGCUGGGACUAGACAGAAAAGAGGUGUUGCUGGGAGUCCGGGAACUUUAUUUUUGAUGUUUUACAAAUUUUCAACUGGCAGGAAAAAAACAAUUGAGCUGGGAUAUCUUCGGAAAGACUAUGUUUUCAAUUUAGAAUCUGCUUCUAUUGACCUUAUGAAAGGUAUACUGAAUAUCGACUCCUCUAGUAACGAAGUUGCGGAAAACAUUGCCCUAGCAUUUUCGGUAUCUUUGCUUCACGUGCUGUGCGUCCCAAGGCCAAAAGGAUGGAGAGAAGGCCAACAAGUCAAACCAACCACUUCAACUCGUGGAACAAGACCAAUCACUACCAUUCCGUCAGACGAUAUGGCAUUUAUCAUGGCCGCAGGCUUGCUUUGGAGUACCCCGACAAAUUAUUUCAUGCAUUCAUACUACGGAGCACAUAUAUGUGCUAUGUGUGGAGGUGGGGAUGGUGAUGUGAUGGAGUUCUCUGGAAUUGACGGUGACGCCGAGGGAGAUGCGGGAUGUGACUGUGCUGCAUGUGGUGGUGGCGGGUAUGAUGGCGGGUAUGAUGGCGGGGGAUGUGGUGGGUGCGGGGGCUGUGGUGGAGGUGGUGGUUGUGGUGGAGGAGGGGCCGGGUGUGGAGGAGGGGGCGGAUGUGGUGGAGGUGGCGGAUGUGCUGGUGGUGGAUGUGGUGGUGGUGGAUGUGGGGGUGGUGGAUGUGGGGGUGGAUGCGGAGGUUAAAGUAGUUUAAAGACACAAAAGUUUUUUGUUUUGUUAUCAGUUUUUUUUAUCGAUAUUUGUCACAUAUCUUGUCACUUUGCAGGAUAGUGUCUUUGUAUACGUUAAGUUGUAUGACCAUCACAUAUUGCAUUUAUUUUGAUAUAUAAGACGGCUUAGGCAAAAUGCGUCACAUAAGAAAAAGUUCUUUUAUCGUUCUGGAAUUUACAUUUUUUUCAUUAUUGAUGAUAUUAAUUGAAACCAUAUAGAGCAACUCUUAGUAAAAUAUUAAACAUUAAACAAAUAUAAGCGAGAACAAUACCUACAACAACACACAACCUUGCAGUUAAGACUAUGUUUUUUUUUCAGAAAUAUAGUUAGUCAUAAAGAUUUUUGAUAAUUUGUAUAGCCUUUUACAAACAAAAGCCAGGUGAUAUGGCACUGUUCAUAUACAGCAAUAUAACCCGAACUUGUAUUGGUUCAACUUUGCUGUCUUUGUAUAUAAGAUAGGGAUUCAUUCAUUACUUUGCUGAGCCAUUGAUUAUAUUUAUUAAGCAUAAAUGUCACAUUAUCAAAUUGAUUUUGUAUAUUAAUCACGUUGUCAAAUAGAUUUUGUGAAAAUAUCACGAUGAUUUUUGUGUAAAUGUUACCGCGUCAAAAGGACCUUGUUUUUGUUUGAAUAUUACGUAUUCAUUAAAAUGUAUUUUUUUAUUUUCGUUAUUAUCGGUUUUUUUUUGUUGUUUUUUUUUUUGGAGGGGGGGACGUAUUUUAUUUCUUUAUUGUAUACUUUUCGUACAGAAAAAUAUCAAUAUUGUUUUGACUACACUUGUCAGUUACUAAAAUUAUUGGAAGAUACUUUUGGGACCAAAAGACCAAGAUUUUAAUAGCUGCUUUGAGGUUUUGCUCUAUCAAGAUUAGGGUUGUUGUGAACUGUUCUGGGAUGACAUAAUACUGAUGUUAUAAAGAGGUUAUUGCUGUACAUAGGGUAUCAGCUUUGCUGAGGUUGCACUCUAUUUUUUAUUUAAAAGUAUUUUGGUAGUGUAUCAUCAUUUGAUAUAUUUUGAAUCUCAGAAUGCUGUUAAAUAUAUAUAUAUAUAUAUAUGUGUGUGUGUGUGUGUGUGUGUGUGUGUGCGUGCGUGCGUGCGUGUGUGCAUGCGUGUGUGUGUGUGUGUGUUUCUACUUAGUUAAAGUACGUCUCUUUAGUUUUAUAUGUAAAACAUGAAAAAAAAUUUAAGGACUUAAUAUUGGUUUAGAAUGAAUAUAUAAAUGUUGUGUGGAUACGUUACUUCAAGGUUUGAUUUAAAUCGAUUUUCUGUUUAAUUUUGAUAUUACUGUUAUAUUGAUACUUUAAUUUAAGUUUUGAUUAGAUGCAACUGUAUCAGGUCAAGGUUUGAUUUAGAUAUUAUAUGAAUUCAAGGUUUGAUUUAGAGGUUAGUGCUAUAUGGAUACUGGAACACCAAGUCAAGACAGGAUAUAACUGUUAUACCUAGAGGAUUUUGAAAUACUAAAUUCAAUGGAUAAGAUUAUAAUUUACGUUUUAUUCAACAAGUUUAAUAAAUUUAGUAUUGAAUCUACAUGAAUAUUAUAUUUAUAUAUAUGACUUAUCUAAAAUUAGAACUAUAAACUGUUAAUAUAAGUAAAAAAUUAAUAACUUCCUGUCAUCUCUAUCCGGAAUCUUGAUGACUGUAAUUCUUUUUGUUGCUUUUUGUCUUUGAUGGUGUUAUUUUGACUUUUUUUGGAUGGUUCCUUUAAUAGUUAAAAUUUGAAAAAAAAUCUAUAUUAUGGUUUUGUUUAGAAUUUUGAAUAUUUUUAUUUUGUAUAUGAUUGUUAAUUUUUUUUUAUUUU